AUGGCUAUGGCAGACCGCAUAUGGCGUCAGCAAGUAUGGGGUACUUUUUAUGUUGUCCAUCUUUAUUUUAGUAUCUGCGCCUCAAGGCCACUUCUCGCAGCACAUGAUGCUACCGGAAACUACUCUGACAGUUCACUGGCGACGUCGGAAGUCAUUGGCGGCUGCUAUCUAGGAGGAGUGAGUAAUGGCUACAUCAUCGGUGUGUACGUUUCCGAGGCCGUUUUCGAAACAUACGCCCUACUUCUAGUUCUAUGCAAUGCAGCCGCUAUUCCCCGGAGAUCGGAUCAGGAUCUUCGGUCAAUGCUAAUAGACCACGGCGCUCCACUAAUUGUCAUCGUCUUCGUACUUACACCAGUGUUACGUAUGCUGAACAUAAUCCUGUUUGCUGCAGCCAAAAAUGUCGCGUUCGCAUUUGGGGUAAUGUUUGUUGCACCCAUCAUAGCCAUGCUAAACGCUCGUAUAUUUCUCAAAAUUUGUCAUUACUGCGAGAGGACAGAGCACACCUGGGUAGUGAACGAGAUAGACUCUGAGUGUGAGACCCUUCGCUUUAAGGGAAACCGCCUUCGUCUCUUCCGUCGCGAAUCACUUGCAUACGUGGAUCCGGUGAGUGAGUCACAUGGGCCGACAUCGUGGUGUCUGAGUGGUUCAAAAGCGGCUGAAACUGUCAUCACCGUCUACGACUCAUGUUUUAUGCUUCGACGCGAGUUACAAUACAUAUGGGGGAAAAUCCCUUGGCCUUUACAAGCUGCAUAUGCAGUAAGAAAAUACAAGACAAUAUUCCAGUAUCUAUGUAUUCCUAUCCCUUGUCUGGGUACACGCUGCAACUCACUCAUAUGGACCGCGGCUAUAGUGUACUUCUUAUGCGACACUACAGGAAACUGUUUGACCGUAUUUCGUGUUGUCAUGUUAUGGAAUCGCGACAAGAAAGUCUUUAAGCUUCUGAUUCUUGGAUCAGCGUGCGCAUGCCUGAUAGGAUUAGCAUCUUUGCUGGUUUCUGCAAAAUUAAUGGUAUACGAUGAUUACAUUAAUUGGAACUCUGGGGGAGGUGGGCUUAGCGAAAGCUGUCACUUGAAAGAAGGUAGCAACCUGUCUAUCAUUGGUGUUUACGCCCCUGAAGCUGCAUUUGAGAUAUAUGCGUUGAUCCUUGUUUUAUGCAAUGCAGCCGCCAUUCCACGAAGAUAUGAUCAGGCUAUUCUUACGAUGUUGAUGGAUCACGGAGCACCGUUCAUGAUAAUCGUCUUUGAAUUUGCCAGUACUGCGAACGCUCAGAACAGUCUUGGGAAGUAG